UCAAGCUAUGUGGUAGAAUUGUUGCUUCCUACGUUGGACUAUAUUGUUCAGCUUGUAAAACUAACGAUCCUAGCUAGCUAUGUAUAGAUUUUGACAUUUUUUGCAAUCAUUCGUUCCUAUUGAUAGAUGUUUAUAUUUAAGCACGUUCGUAUUUUUAUUUUCAAGUUCGCUCUUGUUAUUAAUUUUCAAGUUCGCUCUUUCUUAUGAAUCACGAAUACUAAUUUUGGAUUGUUUGUGGCAUGUAGUGUAUUAAGAAGCAACAAACAACCCAUAAGGAAGCAACAAUUCAUUAAGAAGGCAGGACCCGUACAAAAUAACAUUGUGUUCACACACUUAGUACACUUGGAUAACAAGAGAAAUGGCAUUAAGGCCGACACUAAGCAAAUUUAGUAGAUUACUAUUGACAUUGCUGUAAUGGUAUUCAGUUUCCACGAGGAAAGAAUAGUUUGACCAAUAACAGCUCAAAAUACCCAUGGUUCCAAGGACCCAAUGUGACCAUAAACUCAUAAGAGUUUCCACCAAGCAAGUUGACAAGGGUAACGAAAUCGGCAUUGGCCAUGUCUUCAUCACUUACUACAUCUGAAAGGAUUUUGCGUAAGUUUGCCGAUGGGAAAACAACCUCAACAUCCAAAUAGUCAUCCUCAAUAACUAAGUGGAUCAAAUGAACUCUAGAUGCAGCACACCAUGAUGUCCUCAACUCGGUGACACGUCCAGAGAAGAGGUAAGAAGUGCCCUGGUGUUUAAAACAACAAAUGGAUUUUCAAAAAAAAAUUAACAAGCAUUAACAAACAGAAAAAGUGCAAACGAGAGCGAGAAUGAUGAAUGACAAAAAAAAUUUAUUUCAAUAACCUCAACGUCACCAUUCUCUUGCAACAACAUAAGACUAAGUGAUUCCGUAAAUUCAGACAUAGUUACUGCUUCCUCAUACAACAGUUUUGCAACGAAACCAGGCUCAACCAUAAAAUCCCUACAAAUAAAACCGUUACUAAUGUCUGACCAUACGAAAAGGAAGCGGAGUAGACAGUCUAAGGAUUAGUUGGUAAACAAUACUUACGGGUACCAUUCAGAUACACGAUCCAUUGUAAGAAAAUUACACCUACGAGUAUAACAACACACUACGUCAGAUACUCUAAUCCACCGUACCAAAUAGUUAAAAAGCAUUUACAAAAAUGUACCUGCGGCGGUGGAAACGUGGUCGGCGGCAACUCCUUGUUAGUCCGGGAAGGAAGGAAGACGACGAUUGGAAUUCCUUUUUUCCACAGGAUUUUCCUUCGCCUGCUCUUCUGUCAACAGACGACAACCCUACCCUUGCUGCUCUCUCCCUAACUUUCUCCUGCCUUUCGUCCUGGGAACUUUCUGCCGCUCUUCUUCCCACAACCCUGUUAGGAACGGAACAUUUCCAACAAACCCCUCAAGCGAAUCAGCGGCGGCGGUGGCAGGCGACGAUGGUGGCUCGGAGGUGGAGACCAGUAUUGAGCGACCGCCGACCAGCGGUGGAUUGACUGGCGGAGGCGGAGGCGGAGGGGGAGGCUUGCAUGCAAGGGAGGCGGAAGCGAAGGAAGGAGGAGGGCGGUUAAGUUUUCUUUCUCAAGGAAAACAGAGAAGCCUGCGCAUGGGGGGAAGAAAAAGCAGGGAUAUGGAUCGAUUACUUGAUUUUGUAGGGGAGGCUUUUAUAGUUGUUCAACUUUGCCAUAAUUGAAGUGUUUUGAGGGUAUGGCAUAUCUAGUUUUAACACAAAUAUGUGCGAUAAACAAAAUUCGCAGAACUUGACCCAGGAAGGUUUGACAUCAUCAAUGAUAGAACAUUGAGGCGCCGCCGUUGAUCUGUUAGUGACGGAACUUGGAAGCGAGGCUAAUGGCGUCGGGGUCAUCAAAGACCAUUUGUGUCGUCGUGGGAGGACUCUCCGGUGGGGAGGUCACCCCUUUUUCUUUCGACGAAGGUCUCUGCAACUCGUUCGAGAAGCAAUAACGCCAAUCGCCAGAAAAAGCGAGCAGAGGAGAACCCUUCCUUCUUCUUCUGGUUGCAAGGAUUCGAAAUCCCUUCCGCAAGGAGAAUCUAAGUUGUUGGUGAGCGAUGAAUUUGGGGCCGACAAGGGAGAUUAGAAAGGGUAGGGAGAGGGCUAGCGGCGUCUAGCGGCGGAGGACGGAGGAACAGGGGAAGAGGAUAGAGCAUUAAGGUAUCGGCGUGUAGCAGCGGAGAAGAGAGGGUCGGGAUGGGGGGAACGAAGUGCUGGUAGGUUGGAUGGGGUAGGUACCCUUUAUGUUUUGGGGUGGUUGAAUUUGGGUUCAAUCAAAAUAUUGAAAAAACCCAACCCAACUCAAACUAACCAACCCACGGACAUAGAGGACUAAAAUGAAAGAAAAACUAAUUCUAUGAGUUUAUCUGUAAUUUUAUUUAAUAUAAAUUCCGAAAAAACAAAUCAUUUAAUAAAAUUUAAUCUCAGCCGUCGAGAUCACACGUACGGUUAAGAUCGUCAAGGUACGCCAUACCCCGGAAUUUACCCGGGGUACGAUAGAACUCGCCUUACUUCUAUAUAUGUAUAUAUACACAUAAUCAUAUAUGUAGAGGUUGAUGAAUGGAUGUGUUGGUUAAGGAAUCGACACUUUCAUUAAUCAAUGAUGUUAAUCUUGUUUAAUUUACUUGAAUUUCAUCUCUGUUUUUGAAAUAUGAGUACAAAUUGUUUUCUUUUACUAUUAUUUAGCUUGUUGAUAAGUCAUAUCUUGGAUUUAGACUCAUAUUCAAUUUUGCAUAUUCCAAUUUUAUGAGUACAAUCGUGUUUUUCAAUUUCCCGAAGUCUCUACCGGUAGAUUUGCACUCGUUUAUAACCAGUUUAUGCCGCUGCUAUUAUUUUAUUUUGUACAGAUGUUUCAAUUUUUUUAUUACUUACUAUAUUGUGGGUGAAUCCGACAAUCCAACUGCAUAAUCCGCUAUCCGCCCGACCCAACCCGAUAAUAAGUGUGGUUGGAUGGCGGGUUGAAAAUUGUCAAUCCGUUUAUGAGUGGGUGGAUUAUUUUUAUAGUCAAAAUCCACCCAAUCGGCCCAUUGCCCACCCCUAUUUAGCAUAUGACUAUGCAGGUUUAUUUAUUGAUGGUACACUUUUGAUUUUCAGUGACAACCGUCAUUUGGAUCAUUUGAUUUGUCUCAUAAAAAUAUUAAAUGUAAUUUAAUCCGAAAAUCUAAUAUGAUUAAACUUGUUCGAUGGAACUUUCAAAAUUCAUCUAAUGACAAAUUUACAAACAAAAUGUACUAAUCAGCUGUUAUUUCUAGGGAUUUUUCCAAUAAUAGCACCUUUAAAAA